UUGAAGAAUGUUUUAAACCUUAAAGGCGUGUCUAUAGACGUUGGGAUGCUUAGAAAAACCAAACCGAGGGCUGCUUUAAUCGGGUUUACUACAGUGGUCAUCCCGUGUAUAUCCGGUUACAUUCUAAUGAGGACUAGGGAACAUUUUGGGUAGUUGGCAAUGACGGAACUUCAGUACCAAGAAAUCAUUAUAUUGCAAAGUUUAUUGACAGAUCUCAAGAUCAAGCAUUCCGAGUUUGGACGAAUGGUUCAGUCUUGUGCCGCGGUCACUGACUUAGUAAUCUUUAUAAUGGCCUCCGGGACGGUUCUUUUAAAAGGACAAAAAGGUUUACCACAUGUUAUGGUUAUUGUUUCGUUAUCGUCUUCUUGGUCUACAUCGUAUAUAUGGCCGGAAAUGUUAUGGAUUAUCAAACAGACUCCAGAAGGCAGGCCGGUUAAAGAUGUCUACAUCUACUUGGUUAUGAAGUUUAAUUUCUCAAAACAGAUGUUUGACAACAAGAGCUUCACUGUCGUUGCAGCUUCAUCAGUACUUGUCAGCUCGCUGUUGAUACCGAUCGCGAUAGAAUUCAUGUACGAACCACAUCCUAUCUUUAGUAGUUACCGAGAUAGGAACUUGCUAACCUUGAAACAUGACUGUAAGCUGAAGACCCUUGUAAUAUGCAUUCAUAAGCCUGACCACAUAACCUCCAUGGUCAACUUUCUAGAUGUUUUUAACCCAACACAAGAUUCACAAUUGGAAUGCAACGUUGUUCAACUAGGGGAGCUCAUAGGUCAAGCCAGUCCUACCUUCAUUUCCCACAAGAUGCAAAAGCCGAGGGUUGGAACACGCUCUUACUCCCGCAAUGUCAUAACUGCAUUCUUAAAUCUUCGUAGACAUUUCACCGAAGAGGCAAUGUCCAUUGACAUCUUUACAUAUGCAAGCUUGGUAGAUCACAUGCACGAGGACCCCUUUUGGCUUGCCCUUGACAAAAUUGUAGCUCUCGUUGUGCUUCCUUUUCACCGUUCUUGGUCUGUUGACCGCUCAACCGUGGUCACUGACGACAAGGCCAUGCAGAAUCUCAACCGUAAUGCCUUGAAAAGAGCGUCUUGCUCUGUUGGAGUCUUCGGCUACCGGAAACCUCUAUGGGAAUCUCAAAUGGACGGAUCAUGUUACAAGGUGUGUGCAAUAGUUGUGGGAGGGAAAGACGAUAGAGAAGCCUUAGCAUUUACCAACCGUAUGAGGAGAAACAAGCAGACAAGCGUAACCAUCUUACGCCUCAUCCCUCAACUUACUACGGGGGAAAGCGAUGACUCGGUGCAGAAGUUGGAUUUCGAGGACAAAAAGGGGAUAAUGAACAAUGAGGAGGAUUCAAAUGAAAAUGAUUCCAUGAUAUGUAUCGAAAAAAGGGUCAAAGAAGGGGCUGAGACUUCAAUGAUACUAAGAUCAAUAGCGUAUGAUUAUGCUUUGUUUAUAGUUGAAAGUAGCAGCGGAAUGAAUAGCGCGGUUACGCAAGGAUUGAAUGAACGGACAGAGUUUGAGGAACUUGGAGCCAUCGGAGAUGUUAUAGCGUCAAAGGAAUUUCCUUCAAGGGUAUCUGUCUUGGUCUUGCAACAGCAAGACAAACUUAAGACUUGAGAUUGAUUAUAAACAAAACAUAAAA